UCACUCAUAUACACCAGCAGCCAGGCGGCGGGCCAUGAUGAAGCCACUACAACGAACAAGCAGACUGACCAUAUGAGCGUGGAUAUUGGAGAUGGCAGUCCGGAAGAGGCUCGAUGGUGGGCCGCCAUUCUCGCCCCAGGUCAAGGCUGGCAAGCAACCAUGGCUCUGGAGCACGACACCUUUUGGUCCCCUUGGUCAAUCUGCCUCCAGUCGAACCUGCGAUUUUUCCUCUCGCAAAAAGUGACUUCAACGAUCCCGCCAUCUCCGCCGCCUUCAGCCCCAUCAUUUUCUGACGCUACUCGUUUUCUUGACAAUCUCUGUAUCCGACACAGCGUCACAGAUCAGAGUCACGCCGCACUAGCCGCUGUCCUUCUCUUUCCCUCCAUGGGCGGUGGUCAAGGACUACAACUGCCAGCUCCCACGGUCAGCAACUGUUGGACGCAAUGCAUUAUUGAUUCUGACCAACUGCGGCAUGACUGGGUGCAUCAAGAAAACCACCUGGACAGACUUCUCACCUUGAGCUGCAAUACUAGGGGAAUGCGCCCUAUGCUUCUCAGCGCCUUCUACGACGCUAGCAUAGAAUGUAAUGCUGUAACUCCCUGGUUACAAGGAGCGGUGGCUGCUAUCGAUUCUCUGGCUGGAGAUAAGCCCAAUGUUCUCGGGCGUAUGCUCAUGGACCGGUUACCCGAGAUCGCAUUUUUGUGGCUUGGGGCUUCAAUCUUGGGACUGCAGAAACGACUCUUGCAAGAUGUCCGAUUCGGUUUAAUACCGAUAGACCUUCACUCUGCUGCAUGGUCGGGGACCAUACAGUCAUUCAUACAGCAGCCUGUUUCCAACCCUCUUGUGGCAAACGGCCAUGUAACCCGUGCGGAUGAGUGCCGGCUGCUCUUCCUUUCUCAAUCUGGAUCCCACAAUCGAGUUUCUAUCUGCCAAUGGAGACCAUUUGGGGCAACACCGAUUCAAGAUGUCGACAUUGAAAUACAGAUCCAUGCCAAGUGCAAUGGCCAUGGACUUCAAUACCAGGGAUUUCUGUGGGACUGCACCAAGGGCAAGGAGGCAUCCCAACCUAUCGGCAGCAUGGAUAUCUGCAUACCUCCGAGUCGUUUACUCACGGGACAUGUCGAGGAUGCGAAACAAGUUCAUAUUUUCUACCGAUCUCUGGAUCGUGAAAAAGAGUCCAUCUCGAAAAACGCAACCCGGAAUAUAUUUGGCUGGCUACGCGUUGAAGGAUAUGCACCAAACGAAAAGGAUAUAUGGAAGCACGAAUGGUUUGAGAUGGAUUCCAAUGACGAAGAUGAGGAGCAAUGUGAGAGCAGUUCUCGCAGCAGGCCCAAAUCUUCCUCGUUUGGGAAGUCAUGGAUGUCUGCGUCGUCAAUUGAAAUAGUGAAUGGAGAAGGACAGACCGGUAGCCCCUUAGGGUCCUUCCUCCAUGUUUCACGAAAUAAUCAGUAACCUAGAUAUCGCUUGAGGAAGAAAAUUAAGCUCCAUGGUAGGUACCUAGGUGGUUUCGUGAUACUCGGGAAGAGAGG